GGGCUGCGUGGCCCACGCCCCGUGUCCACUCCGGCCACCGGGCGUGGGACUGUGUCCCUGUGUGUCGCUGACACACCCGCACACUAAUAAGAGCCCCUGCUUCGACGUGCGUGUCAUGGCUUAAAAAUAGAUGCUAAUCCGUCAACCGGCCUGGCAGUGGCAGCCGCCGCGGCGGCAGCGGCGGUGGGAAGUCAUGGCCAUGGGGCUGCCUGCACCUGCGAUCUGCCUAGGGGACUGAGACCCGCGCCGCCUUCCAAGCAUCACACAAGCAGCAGAACCUGUUUCCAGAAAAGGCUGUUUUGGAAUCAAGUGGUGGGGUCUUUCGCCCUUGAGAGAAAAGGGCCCAGCACAGUUGGCAGGAAAGGAAGCAGCUGCUGUGGACUCACGCAGGUGUCACUCACAUCCCUGCCUCUUCCAGCAGCAGCUACCUGGAGACUGACCCCCCAUCACUGCGGCCACCCUUGUUCCUGCUGCCACUAAGAUGUGCCCUGGUAACUGGCUCUGGGCCUCAGUGACAUUUAUGGCCCGCUUCUCCCGGAGCGGCUCAAGGUCUCCUGUUCGCACUCGAGGGGCCCUGGAGGAGAUGCCAGCUGUUCAGCAUUCCUUCCUCAACGUCUUCGAGUUGGAGAGGCUUCUGUAUACGGGCAAGACAGCCUGUAACCAUGCUGAUGAGGUCUGGCCAGGCCUCUACCUCGGAGACCAGGAAAUAGCCAACAACCACCGGGAGCUCCGUCGCCUGGGCAUCACCCACGUCCUCAACGCCUCUCAUAGCAGGUGGCGAGGGACCCCCGAGGCCUACCAGGGGCUAGGCAUCCGCUACCUGGGGGUCGAGGCCCAUGACUCUCCAGCCUUCGAUAUGAGUGUCCACUUCCAGGCGGCCGCUGACUUCAUCCACCGGGCGCUGAGCCAGCCAGGAGGGAGGAUCCUGGUGCACUGCGCCGUGGGAGUGAGCCGGUCGGCCACCCUAGUGCUGGCCUACCUCAUGCUGUACCACCGCCUCACCCUCGUGGAAGCCAUCAAGAAAGUCAAGGACCACCGAGGCAUCAUCCCCAAUCGGGGCUUCUUGAGACAGCUCCUGGCCCUGGACCGCAGGCUGCGGCAGGGACUGGAGGCUUGAGGUGGGGAGGGGAGGUCAGGCCAGGCCUGCAGGUCCCAGGAUCCCAGCUGGAGCGAAGAGGUCCCGUUAACCCGUUCUCUGCUGAGAGGGCCCCGAAAGUUCCCCCAGGCCACAGUUUGCUAUUUGUCAAGAGGGGCUGGGCUGGGGAGGAGGGGUUGAGAUUGGGCCUCUUGACGGCCGCCAGGAGGGAGCUGACCAGGAAAGGAAGUAGCUGGGUUGGAGGUAGAAGUCGGUCCUGGGACCCCGACUGGAUUCCGGCCAGGGUGCCCCCGGAGAGUCACAACCCCCUCCCCUCUUUGUGCUCCACUGUUCCCCUCCCUAGCGUAUCAAAACUAAAGGACCGUCUCAGUCCUGUGCCUGUGCGGGGAGUCAGGGAUGCAGCACGCACCACUGUAUGGUCUAGAGUUGUGUGGAGUUGGUAGUGGAGGGACAGACGGUGAAGAGAUGGUGUGAAAAGCUAAGGGAGAAACCCACAGACUUGUUACUCCAAACACAGGGAGAAGAGGUGUGGGAGGCUUGGCGCUGUGCCCGUGGGUGCUGGUCGUGGCCCAAAACGGCAGAGGUGCAUGACUGGGUGUGUAGAUAAUCACUCGCUUACUAGAUCCAGAUGUCUCCAAGAAAAAUAAAGAUGGUGAAUACAAA